UCCGCACCGAACAAACACCAUCGUUUCGUCUCCCUCAUCUCCCCCGUUCAGGCUCCACCAACCGCCUGCCGCUGCGGCUCCUCCAGGCCGCCGUCAUGCACGGCCGCCGCCAUCUCGCGGCCUCGCUGGCCCGAUCCCUCGCCCAGGCCCCCUCCCGCCCCAUCUCCUCCACCCCGUCCCUUCUCCAAACCCUCGACCCGUCCACGCAGUCGCCUCCCCUCGCCGCACCCGCGGUGGGGCGGCUCGCUGAGAUGCGGAGGAGGCUGCAGGCUGACGGGCCGUCCCUGGGGGACUUCGCGUACUCGGUGGAGGUGGGGACGCGUAAGAAGCCGCUGCCCAAGCCCAAGUGGAUGAAGGAGACCAUCCCCGGCGGGGCCAAGUACGCGGCCAUCAAGGCCAAGCUGCGGGAGCUGAAGCUGCACACCGUCUGCGAGGAGGCGCGCUGCCCCAACCUCGGCGAGUGCUGGUCCGGCGGCGAGACCGGCACCGCCACCGCCACUAUCAUGAUUCUCGGUGACACCUGCACGCGCGGAUGCAGAUUUUGCAAUGUCAAGACAUCGCGAACCCCUCCUCCACCAGAUCCUGAUGAGCCUUCGAAUGUUGCACAUGCUAUUGCCUCUUGGGGACUUGAAUAUAUAGUCAUCACAAGUGUCGACCGGGAUGAUUUACCUGAUCAGGGGAGUGGCCAUUUUGCUGAAACAGUACAGAAGCUGAAGGCUUUAAAGCCAGAUAUGCUUAUUGAAGCGCUCGUACCUGAUUUCCGUGGAGAUCCAAGCUGUGUAGAGAAGGUUGCAACUUCUGGGUUGCAUGUUUUCGCACACAAUAUUGAAACAGUGGAAGAACUUCAAAGUAGUGUGCGAGACCACCGUGCAAAUUUUAAGCAAUCAAUGGAUGUUCUAAAAAUGGCAAAGAAGUAUGCACCUCCUGGCACCCUUACAAAGACAUCAGUCAUGCUGGGUUGUGGGGAGACCCCUGAUCAGGUUGUCAGCACAAUGGAGAAGGUGAGGGCUGCUGGUGUUGAUGUGAUUACAUUUGGUCAGUACAUGAGGCCAUCAAAGCGACAUAUGCCGGUAUCUGAGUAUGUCACACCUGAAGCCUUUGAGAACUACCGAGCCCUUGGUGUUGAAAUGGGAUUCCGUUAUGUUGCAUCUGGUCCAAUGGUUCGGUCCUCCUAUAAAGCUGGUGAAUUCUACAUCAAAGCUAUGAUUGAAGAUGACCGAGCAAAAUCGGGUGCUGUUGCAGACUCAAGUUCAUAGUUGACUCCAUUCCUUGAUAUGGAUACGGUGCAAAUAAGAUUCUAAUUGAAAGACAUGUUUUUUUUACAUCUUGCCCAAACAGUUCUUUUUUGACGGAAUAAAUUCUUCUGCGCCUUGUAACAUUUCAUACUAUCUCUUCCUUUAUAUGUGGCCAGAAUCAUUCAUUGUAACAGUAGCAUCGAUGCAGUUUGUCAAUGUACCAACUGAAUAUUGAGGCCAUUAUUAUGCCCCAUGUGCUGUGCUUGUACCUGUAUAAAAUGUGAUGAAGAUUGGUUAUGGACUUUC